AUGUUUCGGUACCUAAUAGUGGUGGUGGUGACUUUUGUAACAUGUAACUCUGAUGUGACAGCAGAGAAAGAGGGUUUGUUUGUCAUACCUUCAGGAAAUAUAAAGUUUAAUCCUAAUCAGAAGAGCACAUAUGAAGAGGAAAUAUCUUCUCUAAAUCAAUUUUUUAUAGACUACUACAACAAUGCUACCAAAGCUGAUGAUACACAGGUGAUUACAUGUCCCCCAGGAUUUGAACCAAAUGCUACACAAGUCUCAGAGAAAGAGGGUUUGUUUAUCAUACCUUCAGGAAAUAUAAAGUUUAAUCCUAAUCAGAAGAGCACGUAUGAAGAGGAAAUAUCUUCUCUUAAUCAGUUUAUAAAAGACUACUACUAUAAUGCUACCAAAGCUGAUGAUACACAGGUGAUUGCAUGUCCCCCAGGAGUUGAACCAAAUGCUACACAAGUCUGUAUUUUGCCAGAGAUAAUACUGGGACAUGAAUGUAAUCCAGAAAAUGUUUGGAACUACAAAACAACAUCUCCUUGCAUCAUAUUGUCUUACAAUGGGAAAACAACUACAACAACAACUAAAUUUGAUCCUUACGAUGACAUUGAGGAAUUACCCAACCAGAUGCCCCAUCGACUUAAAAACGAAAUUAAAGACAUCACUUACUACAAUAAUAAUAUCAUGAAAGAGGUUAUAUGGGUGUCUUGCACAUUACUUGGAAUUCACUCCUACUAUGGUCCUGGUUUCCCAAAAUCCUUCUUCUCCAAUACAAACCUAACAGGCUAUCGGAAACCUAUAGUUGCAUUGCAGCUGAAUCUAAAAGAUGAAAUUAACACCACAGUUGAAAUUACUUGCAAUAUGUGGGCCAAGGGUAUUGACAAUGAGAAAAACCCUGAAACAUCAGUCAAAUUCACUGUAACCGUAGAAAAAAAUUGA